GGUUCAGCUGAGAAGGGACUUUUAGCGAGGGCUGGAGUGUGUGUUAAACUGUGUGUGUUAGUGAGACCAGUUUUUCUUCCUUAGUUCUUAGGGAGUUUUUAGGGAGUGUAAUGUGUUCUUCUUGGUGCUUGUGGUGUUUGCAGAGUAGGUCUACAGAGUCAGGUUGUGAGAGUGUAAAUCAGUAGUCUGAUGAGACUCUUAUCGCACAGGUGUAAGGGUUAGAUUCAGCAGGUGUGUGUAUGUGUGUGGCUGUAAGAAAGGAGGAUAUACCAGAGGCAAACGUGUGUGUUUUUGCUGCUAUUUUUAAGUGUGUUUGUAUUUUUGUGAACACUGAGGAUGUCUAAUUCUACCAUCAACUUCUACGCCCUAUCACAGUCCUUCAGCGUCUCUGACAUCAUUGUAAUAGCAACCUACUUUCUUCUCAACCUCGCUGUCGGCAUCUGGUCAUCAUGCAGGGUGAGCAGGAAUACUCUGAGCGGAUAUUUUUUGGCUGGACGGGACAUGGCCUGGUGGCCGAUCGGAGCGUCUCUUUUUGCCAGUUCAGAGGGCUCAGGUCUGUUUAUUGGUCUGGCUGGGACUGGAGCUGCAGGAGGCAUCGCUGUCACUGGUUUUGAAUGGAACGCCACCUAUGUUUUGCUUGCUCUGGCCUGGUUAUUUGUACCUGUCUACAUCUCCUCAGGGAUUGUGACAAUGCCGGAGUAUCUGGGUCGUCGUUUCGGGGGGGAGAGGAUCAGAACCUACCUGGCUGUCCUCUCACUGCUGCUGUCCGUCUUCACAAAGAUAUCAACCGACCUGUACUCUGGAGCCUUGUUUGUUCAGGUGUGUCUGGGAUGGAACCUCUACCUGUCCACUGUCCUCAUGCUGGUGGUCACUGCACUCUACACUAUUGCAGGUGGUCUUGCUGCUGUCAUCUACACCGACACUCUUCAGACAUUUAUCAUGAUUGUAGGAGCAAUCAUCUUAACAAUUACUGCCUUUAACAAGAUUGGUGGCUAUAGUAACCUGGAGCGAGUGUACAGCAUGGCAGUGCCCAGUAAGAUCAUUCCAAACAGCACCUGCCACCUGCCACGUCAGGAUGCCAUGCACCUGUUCAGAGAUGCCGUCACUGGAGACCUGCCCUGGCCUGGCAUGACACUGGGGCUCACCAUACUGGCUACCUGGUACUGGUGCACCGACCAGGUUAUUGUACAACGGUCCCUGUCUGCUAAGAACAUGAGUCAUGUGAAAGGAGCAUCGAUCCUGGCUGCCUAUCUGAAGAUUCUGCCCUUCAUCUUCAUCAUCCUCCCUGGCAUGAUCAGCCGAGCUCUCUAUCCAGACACUGUUGGAUGUGUGGACCCUGAGGAGUGUGUGCGAGUGUGUGGAGCUGAGGUAGGAUGCUCCAACAUCGCCUUUCCCAAACUGGUCAUUGAACUCAUGCCAAGCGGCUUGCGGGGGCUCAUGAUAGCAGUAAUGAUGGCAGCUCUGAUGUCUUCACUGACCUCCAUCUUCAACAGCAGCUCCACACUCUUCACCAUGGACAUCUGGAAGAAACAUCGCCCACAAGCCUCAGAGAAAGAGCUGCUACUGGUCGGCAGGAUUGUGACAGUGAUCUUGGUGGUGGUGAGUGUGGUGUGGAUCCCCAUCCUACAGUCGGCCAACAGUGGCCAGCUGUAUGUUUACAUCCAGUCUGUGACGAGCUACCUUGCUCCACCGGUCACUGCUGUUUUCACUCUGGCUGUCUUCUGGAAGAGAACCAAUGAGCAGGGUGCAUUCUGGGGCCUGAUGGUGGGUUUGGUGGUGGGUGUGUGUAGGAUGGUGCUGGAGUUUGCUUUCCCUCCUCCCAGAUGUGGCAUUGUGGAUUCUGCACCUGCAGUGCUGCGCGGCGUCCACUACCUCCACUUCGCCAUACUGCUCUGUGGGCUCACUGCUAUCGUGGUUACUAUAGUAUCACUGCUUACACCCCCACCCAGCCCUGAACAGGUGUGUAACCUGACCUGGUGGACAAUAACUGAAGAGCCACAAAGAGAAAUUCCUCUACAGAAAGUGUCCUCUGUCAGCCACCGUAUCUCCCAGGGCUCUGAGCCAGCUCGGCGGAUGACAUGUGGUCAGGGGGUAGGUUCCUGUAUUGCAGCAGUGCGGCGAUCAGGAGAGACUCCAGCUCCCAGAGUUCCCAGUGUGAGAGAGAGUGUGUUCUGGUCCAGGUUCUGCUGUGCUAAUGCGCUCCUGCUGAUCAGCAUUAACAUUUUUCUCUAUGCAUACUUUGCCUGAGUGGAGAAUCACAUUUAACAUCCUGCCUCACCCUCAAGCUGAACUCCUGCCAGUCCCUCCAACGUGAACUAAAAACCUCCUGCCUGCCAAACAGUAGCUCAUUUCUCCAGAUCCAGGAAUGUGGCGAAAAAAACAGAUUGUCGAGCAGAUUUUACCUGAAUUCUUUAGAAAUCAAUGCAAUGUAUUUCACAAAAGAAAAGCCUCCAGUUGUAGUUUCAGGUGCUGUAAAACAUCCACAUCUCAAAAUAGAAAAUACCCAGAGAACAGAUCCCUCCAUCAGGGCUGCACAAACCUCUAAAUUUAUUUUCUUCAACAGCAAAUGCUGAGACAUUCUUUUAUCUGCAUCUGGAUCCACAUCUGCAACAAAUUACACAUAAUGACUGACAAUAAUAGAAUACACAUGUCAUACUUUUUUAUUCAAGUAAGUCCAAGAUUUCAUGAGAAAAUGGUGAAAAUGUGCAAAAAGGCCCCUUGUCACAAUGUUUUUAAAUCAUUAGCAGCUCAGGCUGUGUUCAGUGUUGUCCUUUAGAAUCACUUCAUUAGACAUAGUGUUUCUACUGAUGUGUUUGAUGUUAUGUUUAUUAUUUUAACACUGCCCCACUAUAGGAUUUCAGGUUGUUCUACUUGUUGUAAUCUAAAUUUAAAGUCUCAGGAGGGUAUUGUACCAAUUACAAUGAAGCUUGUGGCUUGUAACAAGCUAACAUGAAUGUGCAGUUAGUGCUUAAUGCACAUCAUAUCUUGUACCUAAAGCUUACAAAAUAUAUAGUAAGAUAAUAUAGUACAUCUGUGUGGGUUAGGUUGUAUGUGACUCAUAAUUCCAUUUCAUUUAGAAUUUAGAUGUUUAAUGGUAAUUAUAUAGUUUUGUUGAUGGCCUUAUAUCUGUCAGGUAAGGUUUUUGUGAACCUUCAGUUAUUGUUCUAGUGUUCUUUCAUGCUGUUAAGCUUUUUUUAAUUAAUAUAAAUCAGAAUUUCUCAACCUUUUCUUGUCCAUUACAAAUUCUCAUGACUCCAGCUAUUAGAGUUUUUAAGUUGUCGUCUAAACACAUUCAUAACUCCAAAUGCAUCAAAAUUAUAUUGAAAUAAUGAGAAGAUUUAUAUUUAUUUUUCUAUUAUUACAAAUUUAUCAGUGUUGAAAAUCGCCUCCAGCUCUGGUCUACUUGACAACAAGGGGCAUCAACCUCAAGGCUGAGAAACUCUAAUAAUAAUAUCUAUGUUGCUGUGCAUUCAUUUUUUUAUUGGUGAAAUUCAUUAAGAAGUAUUGAGAAGCACAAAUUGUUGGAUGUGAAGAACCUCAUGUCAGUCAAGAGACAAAAUAUCUCGACAACUUGCCCCUCAAAGGUUUUUUUCUUGUGAUAUUGCUAAUAAAUGUAAAGAUAUAUGCAUCAAAGCUACACGUGUUUGUCCACAAAUGCAGGUUACAGUAUUUAUAA